AUGUUACGUCGUGGCUUUUCCAGUGGUAGGCAAGUGCUCAAAGCUAGUUGGAUGAUGGAACGACAAUCAGGCUUACUUCAGUCAUCCAGUCACGGCCCGUUCCAACCUCAAAAGUUCGACUACUUCCUGAUCAUUGACUUCGAGGCCACCUGUCUUCACAAGCAGCCCAUCAAACCUCAAGAAAUCAUUGAAUUUCCGUGUCUCAAAGUGAAUGCUCGGAACUUUGACGUUGUGGCCGAGUUUCAUCGUUACGUGAAACCCGUUCACCAUCCUACCUUAAGUGUGUUUUGCUCUGAACUCACGGGCAUUCUCCAAGAGACGGUCCAAAACGAGUCAACCUUUCCAGAGGUGUUCCAAGCCUUUCAAGACUGGAUUCGAGAAGAGGCGCUUCUAGAAUCUCGGUUUUGUUUCGUGUCAUGUGGAGAUUGGGACCUCCGGACGAUGCUUCCCGCUCAGUGUGAAUUGUGUCAGCUUCAAGUACCGGAUUACUUACAUCGCUGGAUUAAUAUUAAAAAGAGCUUUCAUAAGAGUCAUCGAUCCUUUCCCCGACAUCUCACGGCCAUGCUCACUGAGUUUGGCUUGGAAUUUGAGGGCCGACCUCAUAGUGGGAUUGAUGACUGCCGGAAUAUUGCCCGGAUCUUGCGAAAGUUGGGCGAAGAUAAAUUUGUUUUCGAUUUCACAACUUCGUUGUAAUAAACACGGCUAGGCCCUACUAAGCUUCCUUGAAAGUUAUUUUUGAAGUGCCAAUCUUUGCAAUUUCAG